UGUAUUAUUUCAUUCCACAGACUCAAAAUAAAAAAAAACGAAAGAAAGAAAAAAAAAGGUAGUGUCCCCGCCCAUCUUCCUGUGUAACUGACCACUUGUUUUGCGUUCGAAUUCUAAGUUGGUUUACUUCUAUCGUUUCUCCUUUAUGACACUAUUUAAGAAAAAUGUCUUAUUACAUUAUUAUAUAUCAGAGAGAAUUCACCGACAACAAUACGAAUUUAAAUAUCGUGUAUUCAAGUAACCGCGAUAACAAACUAGUGCACAGAACACUUCCCACCCGUACAAUCAGAUCUUACCCUGUAAAUCCACUUAAAGAGAAAAAAACUCUCCCUCUUAAAAAAUCCAACAAUCCUACUUACAUAAAUCCAUUCAUCUAAAACACCCAAGAAUCGGAGAAAAACCGAUUUGAAAAAAAAAGAAAAAAAAAAAGAAAAUGGCGUCCACAGUCUUAGCGGUGCGGAGGAAUACACACGUUGUAGAACUCACGCCUUAGGAAGUUGUUCAGUCUGUUCAGCCUGUACAAUCCCCCACAGUGUUCAGUCUCCUUCCUCGCUAUGUUCUCGAAGUGAUUUUGAAGUUUUUUGAAAUCCCACCCCCCCUCCCCUCUUUUUUCUCUCUGCCUUUUUCCCCCUCGUUCGCAAGGCAGCUGACACGCCCCGGGAAGAGAGAAGGAGAGAGAGAGGGAGAGAGAUAGAGAGAGAGAGAGAGAGAAAGGAUAUUCGGGCUUGUGGCUGGGAAGUGUAUUUCUCGAGUGGGAGUUCUGUUGAGGUUGAGCCCUGCACCUGUACCAUGGGCUGCUGUACAGCACCUGCAGCUAUGCCGGAGGAGAAGGCGGGGAAGGGGGAGAAUGGGGUCGGUGUGGAGACGAAGACCUCAGGAUCCCCUAGCAAGUCCCCCUCCAAGGCUCCGAGGGGGAAGAUGGUCCUCUCCCGGGUCAAGCUCCUUGAUGGGACCGAGUGCGAGGUGGCGGUGGAGAAAAAAGCCAAGGGCCAGGACCUCAUCAACAGUGUAGCUGACCGCAUCAACCUUCUGGAGAAGGACUACUUUGGCCUCAGUUAUAUGGACCACAACAACUACAAGACUUGGCUCAACCCGGAGAAGAGAAUCUCAAAGCAGGUCAAGGGGCCAUGGGAGUUCAACUUUGAAGUCAAGUUCUAUCCCCCUGAUCCAGCUCAGCUGGCCGAAGACAUCACCAGAUACCAACUCUGUCUUCAGGUACGGCAGGACAUCUUGACGGGCAAACUUCCAUGUUCUUUCGUUACACAUGCACUGCUAGGCUCAUACAUGGUACAAGCAGAAGUGGGAGACUACGAUGCCAAAGAACAUGUCGGCACAAGCUACUUGUCUGAGUUCACAUUUGCACCAACCCAGAAUGCCGAGCUGGAGGAGAAGGUUGUGGACCUACACAAGACACAUAAAGGGCAGACGCCUGCAGAAGCAGAACUACACUAUCUAGAAAAUGCAAAGAAAUUAGCAAUGUACGGUGUUGAUAUGCAUUCAGCUAAGGAUUCAGAAGGUGUAGAUAUCAUGUUGGGUGUUUGUGCAUCAGGCCUCCUUGUUUAUAGAGACAAAUUACGCAUCAAUCGAUUUGCAUGGCCCAAAAUCCUCAAAAUCUCAUACAAGCGAAGUAACUUCUACAUCAAGAUUAGACCUGGCGAGUUUGAAACCUUUGAGUCGACAAUCGGGUUCAAAUUGCCCAAUCACAAGGCAGCUAAGAGACUUUGGAAGGUGUGCGUGGAGCACCACACCUUUUUCAGAUUAAUGACUCCAGAACCACCACAGAAGCAAGGGCUUUGGCCACGGUUAGGGUCAAAGUUCCGAUAUUCUGGGCGGACACAGUACCAGUCCCGCAUGGCAGCUAAUCUCAGUGAUCGAAACAAUCCAGAAUUUGAGCGAACGCUAAGCCGUAGAAAACUGUCUUCAAGAAGUAUGGAUGGACAGAGAGCUCAGGGUACGGGGCUCACUUAUGACCCAGAGUCAGCCCAAAAGAAUGCUAGCAACCUGUCGCAGGGGCCUCUCCCCCCACACACAGGUAGUCUUGCAUGUGGUACUUGGUUCGACAUCAAUAAUCAUGCUUCUGAUAUAGUGCAAGAAAUGCCAUAUAUUGAUUCCUUCGGCUUCAAUGCCCUGGGAACCCGCACUGGCGAGACACCCGAGAUGUCCAAGAGGCACACCAUGUCCCACCCUCCCCCACACAUCCCUGGCUUGGAGGACGCCCCAGGCAAGGAUGGGGCCAACAAGGCGGGCAGCGGAAGGGACACCCCCUCAGCCGAGGAGCGCACCCCAGAGAAGAAAGAUAAGAGGAGGGCUAGCAGGAGUAGCGGUGCAUCCUCCUUAAGCUCAGUCAGUUCGGAGGAGGGAAGCUUUGUACCGCCUGCAGGGGACAAAUCCAAGAAACCCGUGGGAGGUGUGGCAGUGCUGCCAAUGGCAGACUUGAUGAAGGCCACCAAGAAGCGUGCCGAGAAGCUGGCGCAGGCUGAGGAGGAGGCAGCGAAGAAAAGCGGUGCUCCCCCCUCGACCACCCCCCCACCUGGCUACAAGACCAUGGAAGGCCGGAAAUCGGGUCGUGAAAAGGAAGAGGAUGGAGAAGGAGGGCAGACACCAGGGGACUCUAGUUCGGCAGACCCCCUCGUCAAGACCCACCGCACAGUCUUCCAGAACCCGAGUGCAACUGAGGCUGCUGGCUCUCCUGGCUCACCCCCCUUUACCCGGCAGUACUCGUAUGAGGAGCUAGAGACGGAACCCAGGAGGCCCUACAGCCCCACCGGCCAUGGCUUCAAGUAUGAGGGCAGGUCAGGAGAGGGCCAGGAUGAAGUCAAUGACCCCAUGGUGGUGGAGAAGCGACGAGGGCAGGCCCAGGCCUUCAACUAUGCGCCAGGAGAGGACUCUAAGGUGGCUGAGACGGCUGAGAAACGCAAGACAAGCCAGUUGGAUCAGAGUCCAGGUUCUGGUGCCAUGGAAGAGGAUAGGGGUUUAUCCUCCCCAGACACAACAUUGCCAGAGACUUCAGUUGACGAGAGCAUGCUGAACACUUCAGCUGAUUCCACGGGCAUCAUGGCUGGGUUCCUUGCUGGCAAGAAGGGCAAGAAGGAGAAGGACAAGAACAAGAAAGACAAAAAGGGAAAAGAUAAGCAGGAUAAAGAUAAAGGUAAAGACAAAGAUAAAUCUAAAGACAAAGGCAAAGACAAGGAUAAGGACAAGGACAAGAAGGCAGCAGCCAAACAGGAGAAGGACAAGAAGGAGAAGGGGAAGAAGAAGGGACGAUUUGGAAUCUUUGGAGGGAGGGACCGCAAGGCUUCAACCAGCAGCAGCAGCAGUAGCAGUGACAGCUCAAGUGACAGUUCAGAUGACAGCUCAGAUGAGAGUGUGGUAGUGGAGAAUCGGGAGGGCACAGAGCCCAAGGACAUUGAUUCAUCCAUGGUGGCCUCGGACCGAUCGUACGCAGCGGACCACUCGAACACUUCCCUCAUCGUGAACCCUGCAGCAACGAGCGAGCCCUCCUUCACGGCCGACCACUCGGCCUCGGAGCUGGUGGUGGAUCCCUCUGCACAGGCCACCCUGGAGAGCGCAGGAGGAGAGCUGACCUCGGCCUCCUCCACUGCACCCAAAAUUGUCAAGACCACUACAAAGAAGACCUUUGUGCAGGAUGCAGAGGGGGUCUCAGAGGAUAUUGUCCAGAGAGUGGAAGACCUGGGGACAGGAGAGGUUGAGUUGAACACCCAGAGCCAAAAGGCUGAGCAUGCUGAGGGUGAGGGAGAGAAGCCUCAUGUUGUAGCUACAACUGUUACCACCAUCACGGCCCAGAGCAUGGAGGACAAGAGCACCAAGGAACGGACGCAGCAGGUCCAGGAGAAGACUUUCGCAUCCACCACCAUGACAACUGGCACAACACAGGAGCAGACGGUGGUGACGCAGGAGGUGAAGAAGCAGUCGCGCUCCAUCGUCCCUCAGGAUGCGGUGGCCAUUGACAAGCAGGGUCAGGGCGGCCAAGCUGCUACCCCCUACUACCCCCCGGGAGACUUUAGCGGCAAUGCACGCGCCCGAACCCUCUCCAGCGGAAGUGACGAUUCAGGCACCUCAGUCGAUCCCUUGGACUCUGAUUAUGAUUUUGUCAACAAGGAUGGCAUUGUACCGACCGAGGCCCAGAUGUUUGACGCUAGUGGCGUCGACACCUCCACCAUGAGCGUGGAAACCCCCCCUGUGGUAGAGACGGAGUUGCGCAAGGUGUCUGUGCUGGGAGGAGAGCUUAUUGACGAGGAGAAUGCCGAGGUGAUCAGCUCUCAGGCCAUCACUUCCCGAACCCGCACUGUAGAGACCAUCACUUACAAAACUGAGAAGGACGGGGUAGUGGAGACCAGAGUGGAGCAGAAGAUCACAAUCCAGAGCGACGGUGACCCAAUUGACCACGACCGCGCUCUGGCUGAGGCCAUCCAGGAGGCCACCAGGAUGAACCCAGACAUGACGGUUGAGAAAAUCGAGAUCCAGCAACAGUCUACGGAGUAAGAGUUGAAUUCUCCCAUUGAGACAUCAGAGACCCAGUGUUGACUCCUUUUACAUGGCAGCUUUACCGAGAUAACCACCACAUCGGCUUUUGAAACAUUUUCCCCCAUUAAGAUUUGAGUCCCGCAUGCUAGGCCACUGCUCGGCAAUCCGGGUCGUUUUGCUUCUUCGGCAGCAACACGGGCCUAUAAAAAAUGAUGAAAAAUAUAAGCGAUAGGCAGCCCCCUUUCUUAGAGUCUAUAGUUUUUCUGACAUUAACAUUUAGUUUUGACAAAAAUGUGCUUGCAAACUUACCAAUGUGUAAGCUGUGUUUAGCAGGGAAGUGAGUAGUAGAUCGAUACAUUGUGGCAUAUCCCAAUGCUUCUAACCCAGUAAUUUUGUCAGGUAUUUUUACCUGGUAUAAAAGCAAGAAAGAUAAAAAAAAAAACAAAAAAAAAAUAGAA